AUGUCUUGGCUCGCGGGGCAGGAGAAGCACGGCCAUGAUGAGAGCGACAAUCUCGGCGUGGACUGGGUGCUACAGUAUGAGUUUGGCGACAUCGAUCAGGCACAGGCAAUUUCCGAGUUCCGCACCCUUGUCCAUGAUCUCACCGAAGCUGGUCUUCGAGUGCAGAUCCGCCAUGGGCAUGGCUCAGCGCUGCUGGUGUGUAUCCGGGUCCCCAGAGACCAUCUGGGGAAGAUGGUGCAUCAAUCGAGGAUAAAAGAUUGGCUAUUCGGCAUCACACACACCCUCCCCGCUGGCGACGAAAAUACCGUCGCUUCCGCCGAAACGCCAGCGGAGGAAAUUCGCUCUGUUUAUCACGCUGUCACUUGGCGAAAGGAACUCGGUGGCGCGGGAAUUACGCCUCAGUUUGGCAAGUGGAAGAAUGUCACCGCUUCAUUUCCAUUACAUGAUCGGGAUGCCUGCUCAGAGUUGUUGAGCAAGUGGAAUCGCAAGACUAAUUUGACCGUGGAAGAUUUGGAUACGAUUCGAGCGCUGUUUGGUGAAAAGGUUGCAUUCUAUUUCGCUUUCAUUCAUUGCUACACCCUGUUUCUAGUCGUGCCGGCUGCGCUAGGAAUUGUGGGAUGGUGGUUCCUCGGCCCAUACUCGAUCCUAUACGGCAGUCUUCUAUGCAUUUGGUGUAUUGUCUUCGUGGAAUUCUGGAAGAUUCGUGAGUCCGACUUGAGUCUGCGAUGGAAUGUCAGGGGUGUGGACCAGUUAAAGGUCGAUCGCACCCAGUACCAGUGGGAAAAGGAAGUGAAGGAUCCAGUGUCUGGCCAAGUGACACAUACGUUCCCCGGAUGGAAACAGUUUCUACGACAGUUGCUGCUGGUUCCAUUUGCAAGUGUGGCCAGCGUAGCACUGGGAAGUCUGAUCGUGGUCACCUUUGCCAGCGAGGUGUUUAUCUCCGAGGUAUACAAGGGCCCGCUGAAGGGUUAUCUGGAAUUUGUUCCGACGAUUUUAUUCUCGCUGUCGUUGCCGGCGAUUACUUCCUUUCUCACGGGCAUUGCGACUCACUUGACGGACUAUGAAAACUACCGCACGCAAGACCUAUACGAUCUCGCCCAGACGCAGAAAACAUUUGUCAUGCACUUUAUCACCUCAUUUCUACCCACACUCCUAACGGCAUACGUCUACGUUCCUUUCGGCCAUGCGAUCGUCCCACAUCUGGAUAUUCUACGACGCGUCGGGAUCAAUAUGGCCAUCCAGAAGGACUUUGAAGUGGACACAUCCCGCUUCCAGGCCGAAGUAAUCUAUCUCUCGAUGACAGCACAAGUCUUCAGCUUUGUGGAAGAAAUCGUGCUGCCCUACAUCAAGCACGUUCUCUGGCAGAAAUGGCGCAACUACCGCGACCACAAGGUAGGGCUCACCCGUCAACGCAGCUUCUCCAAAACCACCGACCUACUCCUCAUCGACGCUCCCGAAGAAUCCUCUUUUCUACGACGUGUCCGUGCCGAGGCCGACGCAGAUGAAUACAAGGUUGAAGAAGAUAUCCUGGAGAUGUGCGUGCAAUUCGGAUAUCUGGCUCUAUUCGGAGUAGCCUGGCCACUCGUCCCACUCGGCUUCCUACUAAACAACUGGCUCGAAGUGCGCGGUGAUUUCUUCAAGCUCACGCUCGAAUGCCAGCGUCCACCACCCAUCCGCGUCGACUCGAUCGGCCCAUCUCUACUAGGCCUAGACUUUCUCACUUGGAUGGGCACACUAUCAACCGCAGCUAUCGUCCAUCUCUACAGAGGGCCCAUGUCCGAAGUCCGACUCUCCUACCUCCUCCUCACCGUCUUCAUUGCCGAGCAAAUGUAUCUGGGUAUUCGAUUCACAGCCGCAACAGCCAUACAGAAAAUCUUCAGCGACACUCUCCGCCGCGAAGAAGCUAGUCGCUACGCAGUACGCAAGUCAUUUAUAGAAAGUCAGCAGUCGCGAUACGGCUCUCAAGACUCGCCAUCUCGGGUGCGACAGCGCGUGCGCUUCCACGAACGGGUCAAUGUGUAUAGCAGUGACACCGCAUCGCCAGAUGGAUCACCCUCGCCAACGGGUGGGCAGCCACAAGACGAGGUGCUGCGUGGUUCAGAUCGGGAAGCUGAGUUUUGGGAGAGCACAGAGUGCGAGACGGUUGAUGCAGGCGUCAAGCUGAUUCGUGCUUUGAGUGUGAGCAAGGAUGGGAAUGAGGGUAAGGGGGUUAAACAUGCAUAG